ACCGAUGGAGACACUCAUUAAAAGUGUUAACUGAUUACUCCGUGCCGGGGAAAACUCCAAUGGCAGGCAUGAGAAUUGACGGUGGACAUGGGCAGGGAGCUUCUAACGUGGCAGUCAGUCACUGUGAACUCCAUCAUCCUAGUUGAUUAAGUUACCUAGUCAACUUGCAUUGGACAGUCUUGAAAUUGCCUGCCGAGAUGAUUCUGGACUGAAAAACUAUCACAGAUGACGAAGGAUUGCCAACUAUACACCUUAGUUAUCUGUUAACCGGUGUUUCUUGGGAAGCACGAAGUACGGAUAACUACUGGGUUACCCAAUUCUGCUAUAUGGUGGCUUGCCUCGCAACGCUGGAUCGUGUUAGCUGUCAUCUCAUUAUCUAGUUACUUAACCGACUAACAUGAACAAUAGCCUUACCGUGUGCUCGCUGCCGCCGACUUCUCUCUCCCUGGUGCCGCCCCGUCGAUGGACUGCCCUACCCCUUUUUUCCCGCUACGCACGAUGUCAAGACACUCGAUCUGACCUUAGCAACUCCACAGCCCAGGCAGGAUGGGGCAGCCUAACCUGCAAUUAUUCUCUGGAAGAACAGCCACUCCAAGCCGAUGAUGCAGCAGCCCAGGCGUGUUCGAGCCCGGAAGGGUGGACCCCUUUUCAUCUCUUGCAGCCCACUCCGGAUCGCACUCAGAAUCAUGGCCGAUGUGGUGACAUGUCUCUCCCGUCCUCUAAUGAUAACCAGGAGAUCGUGGGCCAAAGCUGUCAAGCAGCUAAUAAUCAUGAUAGCGUAGGACAAGCCGAGUCGUCCGAGGGAGCCGCUGGAGCUUCUUCAUCUUCACCAGAUAUUCAAGUUCCCGCUAGCUCAAGCUCGAAUUCGAGCACUAUAGGCGACACCCCAGUUCUGGUUCAAGAAAUAGGCGAAACCUCGUCUUCGUCCUCACUGCCUUUAUCUCUACCCAUAAAGCCCACGUUGAAACGGAAUCGGCCAGCUUACAGCAGCCAGGCACGCCCUCAAGCAUGGCGCUGUGCAUACCCGAAAUGCUCUUCUCAGAAAAUAUUUACUCGUCCAUGCGACCUCCGGAAACACUACCGUCGCCACUCGCAGAGGUUCUACUGUCGUUUCCCUGGCUGUCCACACUUCGGAGUAGGCCAUGAGGCUGCUGGGGCCUCAAUGACCACGCCCAGGGCUAGCGGUAAGGGCAGGAGACUGUGUGGAAGACGAUGGUUCUCCAGCGAAAAGGACCGCGCUAGACAUGAAGCCAUGCACAAUCCGCAAAUCCGCUGUGCAUGGGAAGGAUGCAAUCGUGUGUUUAGCCGGCUCGACAACAUGAAAGACCAUGCCCGUCGGAUCCAUGGCGUGUCGAGUACCGCAAAAAACGCCCCAGGACUGCUUCUGAAUGGUGAUGAAGAGCUGGCGAUUGGAGUCGAGGUUGAUUGUCCCCGAGCAGAUUCACGAUUAGUUAGUUAG